AUGGCCAACCCCCAACCCACCCUCUCUGCCUCCCACUUCCACCGCAUAACAAACACUUCCAACCCCUCCAACCCCACCCUCGACAUCGUCAACGACCACGGCACCCAAAACAGCACCGGCCUCCUCAAACUAACUUGCGAAGGCUACUACUCAGGCCAAUACUGGGCUUUCAUCCCUUCACCAUCACCUUCAACCCCCAUCUCUUACCGCCUCCGCACAUGGUGGCUAGGCCCAAAUCGACUCCUCGAUGUCUACGCAGACGACACGUCGAAAGCGGUGUUGAGACGGGCGGACGACCCGCCGCGUGCGCUUGAUUGGAGGGUUGGCGAAUGGGGUGAUGGGACGUGGUGGAUUGGGAAUGAAGCGAGUGGUGCAUUGAAGGUUAUGGAUGUGGGUGGGGAGAAUGGGAGGCAGGUGGUGUUGAGAGAGAAGGAUGAGGGUGCGAAGACGCAGAGGUGGAGGAUUGAGGUUAUUAGGGAGAUUAGUGAGGAUGAGUUUUAUGAUAGACCUGCUACGCCGGAGGAGGGGGAGGGCUGUGUAUGA